UAGGACGCGAUCAAUAUUAGAUAAGAUUCAAGGGGCCGUGUGCGUGGCGUCUAGGACGAUGAUUUCCUGCAGUAAGACUGUUUGCUUCUUGUCAUGAGUGCAGCUGGUGAUAGCGUGGCGCCUCAUCUUCGCCGUUUGAGGCAGGUAGGGUUCUGUCAGCUGGAUCCCACGUCUCAAAGUCGCAGACCGAUCCUCGCGCUAAUGCAUCGCGUCUACCACCGGCUCGUGCUGGCCGCGACUGUCCUGUACAUUCUCGAACAACUCACUUACGCGUACCAGGCUCGAAAUGACAUGGAGAGGCUGUCUCGAGUGCUUUUCCUGAUGCUGUGCCACCUGACCUGCAUCGCCAAGCAGUUCGUCUUCCAUUCGGACGCUGACAAGAUUAACCAGCUUGUGGUGGGACUCGAUGAUGCUCUGUGCAACCAGCCAGUGGAAGCUCACAGGCUGCUGCUGCUAGAGACUUCGCGCCGUGCAGCACGUCUGCUGAUGCUUUACUCAGGCUGUGCGGUGUCUACCUGCAUCCUGUGGGCGGUGUUUCCACUCCUCGAUCAGCUCCGAGGGCGAACAGUUGAAUUCGCCUUCUGGAUACCAAUCGAUUACCGUCACAAUGCGUUUCAGUUCGCAGUGGUUCUAGCGUAUGCGUUCUAUUCUACGUCGCUUGUGGCAGUGGCUAACACGACCAUGGACGCUUUUAUUGCGACCGUCCUCUACCAGUGCACCACCCAGCUUAGGAUUUUAAGAAUGAAUUUUGAAUCUCUACCGGAACGCGCCUACGAAUUGAGCAGGAAGACCAGACAGGAUUACCAUACGGUGACUCACGAAUUGCUGGUUGAUUGUCUUCUACAUUACAAGAAGAUUACGGAAACUUGUAAUCUGUUGGAACAAAUAUUUGGUAAGGCAAUACUCGUGCAGUUCGGUGUCGGAGGCUGGAUCCUCUGCAUGGCGGCCUAUCAGAUAGUCGACAUGGAGAUCCUGAGCAUAGAGUUCGCGUCCACAGCAUUGUUCAUGGGCUGUAUCCUGACCGAGCUCUUCUUGUACUGCUACUACGGGAACGAGGUCACGGUACAGAGCGGGCUGGUGUCGGAGUCGGUCUACGCCAUGAGCUGGCUGUCGCUGUGCCCGAGGGAGCGGCGCGCGCUGGUGGUGGUGCUGGAGCGCGCGCGGCGCCCGCUGCGGCCCGCCGCCGGCCGCGUCGUGCCGCUCACACUCAACACCUACCUUAAGAUCUUGAAAUCAUCUUAUAGUUUCUACGCAGUCCUCAGACAAACCAAGUCGUUAUCUGGAAGUAGCGUCUUCAGGCACUUGUUUCUGCUGCGAUGCUGCGGCUUCUGUCGUCUGAGCCGGAGCUCCACCGCGCGUCGUGGGCUCAGCGUAGCUCACGAGGUCUACCGGGCGCUGACUCUCACCCUCACCGUGGUCUACUUGCUGCAGGAGUGCAUCUACGCUUACCAGGAGAGGACCGAUAUGGACAAGCUGUCUCGGGUCAUGUUCCUGCUGCUCUGCCACAUCACCUCCGUGGCGAAACAACUGGUCUUCUACCUGGAUGCGGACAGAAUCGACUGUCUGAUCGCCACACUUGACGAUCCCUCGUACAACGAAAUGUCCCACCAAAGACUUCUCGUGGACGCCUCGCGCUGGGCAUCGAGGUUCGUCUGGGCAUACUCGGGGUGUGCCGUUGUCACGUGCACCCUCUGGAUUGUCUUCCCUAUCAUCUACCACGUGCAGGGACAAACUGUGGAAUUCCCGUUCUGGAUUCAAAUAGACUACACGAAGUCUUCAAUGUUUGUGGUGGUGCUCCUCUACUCGUACUACGUGACCACCCUGGUGGGAAUAGCCAACACCACCAUGGACGCCUUCAUGGCCACCAUCCUCGGACAGUGCAAGACUCAAUUCACAAUAUUGCGAAUUAAGUUCGAGACGCUGCCAACGCGAGCCAAGCAGGCCCUAAGGUGUGACUCCGAGCAGAACUACGAUGAAGUGCUGAUGAGGCUGUUCCAUGAUUGCUUGAAACAUUAUCAGAAAAUCGUAGAUACGACAUCAUCACUUCAGAGCAUCUUCAGUUCUGCUAUUCUGAUACAAUUCGGUAUCGGAGCCUGGAUCCUAUGCAUGGCGGCUUACAAGAUUGUUAAUUUGAGCGUUCUGAGCAUCGAGUUUGCGUCCAUGAUCCUGUUCAUCAGCUGCAUACUCACGGAGCUCUUCCUGUACUGCUACUACGGGAACGAGGUGUCAACCGAGAGCGAUCGGCUAGUGACGUCGAUCUACAGCAUGGAGUGGCUGGGGUCUGGGCUGGGGUUCCAGCGCGGCUUGCUGGUGCUGCUGGAGCGAGCCCGCAGACCGGUGCGGCCCGCCGCCGGACUCGUCAUACCGUUGUCGCUUCAAACCUUCCUCAAGAUUAUAAAAUCAUCAUACACAUUCUACGCCGUGCUGCGGCAGACAAAGUAGGUAUCGAGAAGAGUAGCCUCGCACCAGUAG